CAAAAUCUUUGCUCGUGCCGUCAUCCGCAGGCGGCAAGCUGUAGCGUGCUGUGUGUUUGAAAACAAAGCGCUAUGGAGGAGAUGAUUGCGUCAAAUGUUUGCCGGUUGUGUUUAUGGAAAACUGCACCGCUUAUACCGAUAUUUGGUUCGAACAAUCUAUAUGAGAAGAUAACACAACUGGUGCCGAUAUCUAUCCACCCUGGCAAUGGAUUGUCACAGCUUAUUUGUGGAGAGUGCCUUUACAAAGUGGAACUGUUCAAUGAAUUCAGAUCGUCAGCACUGAAAUGUGAUAAGAUGCAGCAAGAUUACAGACAGUUAUGGGAUACACACCUUUUGUCUGAAAUAGAUAGAGUGUCUUGGAGUUCAUCACCAGAUGGCAAUGGCAGGUUCCGACUACCAUCACUAGCACUGGCACGUGUAAAGACAGAACCUCCCAGCUGUGAUGCAUCAUCCCCAGCCACAAGACCAUCAGAACAACCCAAGGAUGUCGACAAGGAGGCAUGCCCAACAGAGAUUGACGACGAAGAAGUGAUGUGCUUGACAGAGGAGCGGCGAAAGAGACGUUCUACUUCUCUUUAUUCACGUGCGCCCUGUCCUGAAUCUCCGGGAUGCCCAUACAUAUGCCGAUACUGCAAAAAGGAGCUACCAACAUCAAUGUCGUUAGCUAACCAUGAGCGUAAACACAUUGACAAUGUGUGCCUAAUUUGUGAUGAGAAGCUGCCCAGCGAGAAAGCCCUGCGCUUGCAUGUGCGGACUGUCUGUAAUAAACUGAAUGCAGUAAAUGAAGAGCCAGAAAAUGAAGUGUCUCAUGAGCAUUUCAAGUGUGGCACAUGCCUAAGGAUCUUCCGCUCAUGUAUUGCGUUGUGGCGGCAUUGCGUUUGCCUUUCUCACAAUCAGCCACAAAGUGCUGACCAGCUCCAGGGCACCAGAAUUCCCCAAGAGGAUAAGAAAGAGUUACCGAAACGACACCCAACAGGAAGUGUCGGCAGAGGUCGAGGUAUGAGUGGAUAUGGCAGAGGUCGAGGUAUGAGUGGAUACAGCAGAGGUAGGGGUGUAAGUGGAUAUAGCAGGGGUCGGGGGGUAAAUCGAUAUGGCAGAGGUCGGGGUGUAAGUGGAUACAGCAGAGGUCGAGGGAAGAAGAUGGUUUUCAACAAGCGGCGCGUAUGGGUGUAUGAUAAGACACCAUGUGAUGUUUGUGGUAGAAUUUUCACAUCGAAUUGUGGGAUGCUCAUCCAUCGAACACAUGCCCACAAAUAAUAAGUUGUGUGAUUGUGUGUAACAUUCAAGAUUGAUGAAUUCUUGUUGUCAGAAGUGUAGACAAUAUUGUAACAGUGGCCGUAACUGUGACAUUCAUCCACCCAUGCUCCAUUUUAAGGUAAUGGAAGUUAUAAGAUGAAAUAUAAUGUUUUGAUAUUUUUUCCUUAAGUUAUUAAUUUCUGAGGUAAUUUGUUCUGAGAACUGUGUGUAAAGAACAGUUUUUUCUAUGAGUGUUAAUUUAAGGAGCUAAAACAUUUAUGUAUUGUGACAUUUGAAGACAUGUUUGAGAUUUCAGUUUAUCAGACUAAUAUUGAUAUUAAAAUCAUGUGACUGAAUUUCACUGUGGCUAUAGGGUGGUACUGGAAUUUCAGUGAAUCCUUGAGAGAUUCUUCAGAUUAUUAAAAAGACAUCUUCUGUUGUAUCUAUUUCCAUUAUGUUCCUAUAAAGCUUAUGUUAUAAAUAUAAUUGUGUGUGGUUGACUUCCGAAAGGAAAAUUUGUGUUGAUGAUAAAUGCUACUUCUGCCGUCAGAAAAGGUGUAUUGUUUCUGAUUGCUUAAUAAUAGUAAAGAAUAUGUGUAUGUACUACUUUUAAUUUUUCAUAUGAGAAAUACAGUGAACUGUUUCUUUUUUUUCCCCAAAUUAUUUCCAUUUGAUAAAGUUCCAGUUUUUUUUUGUCGAGAGAGUCUGUGAAUGUGCAUAAUUUUUGUUAAAUGUAGAUGGAAUUGCAAGAAAAUUUUAUGAUAAUUUAGUUCUAGUAUAAUAUUUUGAGUACUGUAGAUAAAAUGAAAUUGAAAGAAUAUAGUUUAUACCAAUU